AUGGAUUUAUUCUGGCGGCUUUUCCAAUGGUGGCCGGCAGUUGAAGCUGCGGCGAUGAGAGCAGAGGAAGAAGCAGAGGCACUCAUCUCUCCCCCAUACUGUUGCAUGGCUACAUUUAUUAACUGCCUCUUGUGGAUUAGGUGUGGAUCCAAGCAAUCUGGAGACCUUGGUAAAACUGCUGAAGCGCUUGAUGGAUCCGAUUUUUCUCCUUCUACGCAAAAGUUUAGGCUGUGGGUGACAAUUUUCAUGCAGAUUGGAGGAGCACCCUUAUCUUGCUUGCCUCUUAAUUUAGAAUCUUUUGGUGGUCUGAGUGAUAAUGAGCUAGAUUCGUUUGUUGGGCUUUACUUUGCAAAACUUCGGAUUGGGUCUCCUCCGAAAGACUAUCAUGUGCAAGUUGACACAGGAAGUGACAUUUUAUGGGUGAAUUGGAUUGGCUGUCAGAAGUGUCCCACAAAAAGUGAUCUUGGUAUUGAUCCUACACUCUAUGAUCCAAGAAGCUCAUCCACUUCAAAGUUAGUUACUUGUGAUCAAGAAUUUUGCACAUCGAUGUACAAUGGUCCACCUCCUGGUUGCCGGCCUGAAUUGCUUUGCCCAUAUAAUGUGGUUUAUGCAGAUAAUGGCACGACUACUGGUUACUUUGUGAAGGAUACUAUACACUUUGAUAAACUGAUUGGAAAUCAGCAAACACAAUCAGAAAAUGGAAGUGUAAUAUUUGGAUGUGGAGUCAAGCAAUCUGCAGACCUUGGUGAAACUUCUGUAGGACUUGAUGGUAUAAUCGGUUUUGGAAAAGCAAAUUCGUCAAUGAUAUCACAACUUGCUGUGGCUGGAAAGGUCAAAAAAACAUUUGCCCACUGCUUGGAUAAUGUAAAUGGAGGUGGAAUCUUUGCCAUGGGGGAAGUGGUACAACCACAAGUGAAUACUACUCCGAUGGUACCAAAUCAGGCACGGUACAAUGUUAUUAUGAAGGCAAUUGAGGUGGGUGGUGAUGUUCUAGAACUUCCCAAAGAUAUAUUUGAUACUGAAGAUCCGAUAGGAGCGAUAAUUGACAGUGGAACAACCUUGGCUUAUCUUCCAGAUACUGAUUAUGACCUACUGGUGACCGAGGUUUUGGCACAGCAGCCCGGGUUGUAAGUACAUAAAGUUGGUAAUGAAUUUACUUGUUUCGAGUAUUCUUUCAGGGUUGAGGAUGGAUUUCCAGAUAUCACAUUACAUUUUGAUAAAUCACUUAUUUUGACAGUUUAUCCUCAUGAUUACCUGUUCCAGAUGUGGGACCAUGUGUGGUGUAUUGGUUGGCAAAACAGUGGAAUAAUAUCCAAGGAUGGAAAAGUGACUCUUUUGGGAGACAUGGUGCUUGCAAAUAAGCUAGUGGUUUAUGAUGCUGAAAAUCAGGUCAUUGGAUGGAGAGAGUACAACUGUUCCUCAUCCAUUAAACUGAAGGAUGAAUCGGGAGCAGUGUACACUGUUCGUCACCACAAUCUUUUUUGCUAG